AUGCCGUGCAAAGACCUCAAAAGGCUUCGAAUAGUACUUUUGGACUUCAACAAGUCGCUCUGUGAUGCCUGGUCCAAAUACCUUGGUGAAUUCGAACGGUCACCCUACUCCACUGAUAACCUUACCUGGUUCGAUCAGCCUGUGGAGAUUUCCGUGCACAAUGGAUCGUUUGCAAGUCUAUCAGAGAAGUUGUCAAUGACUCCAAAGCUCCCCUACACGGGAAAGCCAGACUAUCAUAAAAAUAUCACAGUCAAUUAUACCACUACAACAAUCCUUUCCCCCGGCAACUCUGUUGGAUAUAUGGGUGGUGGCUUCGACAAAGCUCUAGCGAACUUAUUCAGUCACGGUGAUUUCACUUGGAAGCACUCGGAACAUCAUGUGCAAGAGCAGUUGUUGAAUUUAUAUAAAGGAUAUUUGACGCCGACUAACGCCAACUUAAUUGAGUUUCACACUGAUAGUUUCUAUAGAGACUCCAAAGCUUGGAACUUACUUAGUGCAAAUUCGAUUCUUCACAUGCCCACCAUGCGAGUGCCAAGGCCUUUGAUCAGUGACUCCAACUUGCAAUUGUAUAGAUUUGUGUUUGACUGUACCUGGGAAUUGUUGAGUACCGUGAAUAAAGCCAACAUAGAGACUCUUAAAUGGAAGGAUGAUAGACACGCGUUUAUUGAUACCGUGAUACUUACAGGAAUAGGUACAGGAUACGGAGGAGUCCCCAUGGAGAUUGUGGGAAAGGCUAUGAUUGCCGCCAUUGUCAUUUUCACCAAUCAUUCCCUACUUCGAAUCCAGAAAAGCAUCUACUGCUUGAAGUUUUUAAAAGAAGAUUACCAAAAAUUGAUCAAAGCUGAUCAAAUGAAUGUGAGGGUUAAUACCAACCCAUUCGAUCCAUGUACAGAUUCACUAGAUGUUCUUUUCUAA